CAUUCGUGUCACUGCCACAAAUAGAACGCAAUAUCAACAAGAUUCUCCAUUCUGCUUACUGCUAUUUACUUUCAAUUAUUUAAACCUUUCAGUGUGUUAAUAUGGCUGAUGAACAACCAAAUCUGGUGGCUGGACACCCACCUGCAAUGAAGGCCGGUGGAAUGCGUAUUGUGCAGCAUAAGGCACCAACCGCAGAGCGUCCAGCUAAGGAUGCUGAGGAUUGCACAGGACUAACACAACCAGUGAGUGUACAUUCGGGAGCAGUGAGCGGCGCACCAGUUAAGGGAAACGCUGACUUUACGCCCGCAUCGGCACAGGUUGCCCACUCGCAUAAGCCACCAGUUGCUGUGCAGCAAAAGACACAGAUAAACAUUCAGCAACCACGCAAAUGAAGAGCCCAGUUCAUCAGUAGAUUAGCGGUAAAACUGCAUAUGUAUUCUUAUUGCUUUUGUAAGUGAACUUAAUUUAAAUAUUAAUGCAUUGUAUUUUUCUAACCUGAA